CCCAGAGACCACGUUUGAAGUAUAUGUUGAAGUGGCCUAUCCUAGGACAGGUGGCACUCUUUCAGAUCCUGAGGUGCAGAGGCAAUUCCCGGAGGACUACGGUGACCAGGAAGUUCUACAGACUUUGACCAAGUUUUGUUUCCCCUUCUAUGUGGACAGCCUCACAGUUAGCCAAGUUGGCCAGAACUUCACUUUCGUCCUCACUGACAUUGACAGCAAACAGAGAUUCGGGUUCUGCCGCUUAUCGUCAGGAGCUAAGAGCUGCUUCUGUAUCUUAAGCUAUCUCCCGUGGUUCGAAGUAUUUUAUAAGCUACUUAACAUCUUGGCAGAUUACACGACAAAAGGACAGGAAAGUCAGUGGAAUGAGCUUCUCGACACCCUGCACAGACUACCCAUCCCUGACCCAGGAAUGUCUGUUCAUCUCAGCGUGCAUUCUUAUUUUACUGUGCCCGAUACCAGAGAACUUCCCAGCAUACCUGAGAAUAGAAAUCUGACAGAAUAUUUCGUGGCCGUGGAUGUAAACAACAUGUUACAUCUGUACGCCAGCAUGCUCUACGAACGCCGGAUUCUCAUCAUCUGCAGCAAACUCAGCACUCUGACUGCCUGCAUCCACGGGUCUGCCGCCAUGCUGUACCCCAUGUUCUGGCAGCACGUGUACAUCCCCGUGCUGCCUCCGCAUCUGCUGGACUACUGCUGUGCUCCCAUGCCCUACCUCAUAGGAAUCCAUUUAAGUUUAAUGGAGAAAGUCAGAAACAUGGCCCUGGAUGACGUCGUGAUCCUGAACGUGGACACCAACACCCUGGAAACCCCCUUCGACGACCUCCAGAGCCUCCCGAACGACGUGAUCUCCGCGCUGAAGAACCGGCUGAAGAAGGUCUCCACGACCACGGGCGACGGUGUGGCCAGAGCCUUCCUCAAGGCCCAGGCCGCCUUCUUCGGCAGUUACCGCAACGCCCUGAAAAUUGAGCCGGAGGAGCCGAUCACCUUCUGUGAGGAGGCUUUUGUGUCCCACUACCGCUCUGGAGCCAUGAGGCAGUUCCUGCAGAAUGCCACACAGCUGCAGCUCUUCAAACAGUUUAUUGAUGGUAGACUAGACCUUCUCAAUUCCGGUGAAGGUUUCAGCGAUGUUUUUGAAGAAGAGAUCAACAUGGGCGAGUAUGCUGGCAGCGAUAAACUGUACCAUCAGUGGCUCUCCACAGUCCGGAAAGGAAGUGGAGCAAUUCUGAAUACUGUGAAAACGAAAGCAAACCCAGCCAUGAAGACCGUCUAUAAGUUUGCAAAAGAUCAUGCAAAAAUGGGAAUAAAAGAGGUGAAAAACCGCUUGAAGCAAAAGGACAUCGCGGAGAAUGGCUGCGCCCCCACCAUGGAAGAGCAGUUGCCAAAGACUGCACCGUCCCCACUGGUGGAGGCCAAGGACCCCAAGCUCCGAGAAGACCGAAGGCCAAUCACAGUCCACUUCGGACAGGUGCGCCCUCCCCGUCCACAUGUCGUCAAGAGGCCGAAGAGCAACGUGGCAGUGGAAGGCCGCAGGACGUCCGUCUCCAGCCCUGAGCAGCCGCAGCCAUAUCGGACACUCAAGGAGUCAGACAGCGCAGAAGGCGAUGAGGCAGAGAGCCCAGAGCAGCGAGCUCGGGAGCCUGCACGCCCCGCUCCAGCCCCGCCCGACCGGGCUUCCAGCAUCGACCUCCUGGAAGACGUCUUCGGCAACCUGGACGUGGAGGUCUCGCUGCAGCCACUGGGCCAGGCCAAGAGCUUGGAGGACCUUCGGACACCCAAAGACCUGAGGGAACAGCCAGGGACCUUUGACUAUCAGAGGCUGGACCUGAGCAGGAGUGAGCGGAGCCGAGGGAUGCCGGUGGCCUUGAAGCUCGCCCACCCGUACAACAAGCUCUGGAGCCUGGGCCAAGAUGACAUGGCCAUCUGCAGCAAGCCCCUGGCCACCUCUCCCGAGAAGCCCUCAGUCCUGCUCGGGAACUCCCUGGCCUUGCCCCGCAGGCCUCAGAACCGGGACAGCAUCCUAAACUCCGGCGACAAGGAGGUGGCGCCCACCCCCGCGCUGGGCAGCAUCACCAUUCCCCGGCCCCAGGGCAGGAAGACCCCGGAGUUGGGCAUUGUGCCCCCACCCCCCACCGCCCGCCCGGCCAAGCUUCCGGCUGCUGGUGCUGCCCUCGGCGACUUCUCAUCAGAGUGGCCGCAGGCCGAGCAGGAAAGGUUCCCCAGCGCUGCCCCUCAAGGCCCCACCAAACUGCUCCAGCCUCUUGGCCUGACUCCGGGGACUGCAGCCUCUGACAAUGACACCCUGCUGGCCCUCCUGGACCCACUUAACACAGCCUGGUCAGGCAGUACCCUCCCGCCGGGCCCUAGAGCCCCAAAUGUGGCCACCCCAUUCACCCCCCAGUUCAACUUCACCCCUGCAGGGACACCCAGCCCAUUUCCACAGCCGUCACUCAACCCCUUUGUCCCGUCUAUGCCAGCGACACUGCCCGCCAUGUCCCUUGUCUCUGCAGCAGCCGGGCCUUUUGGGGCCCCUCCUGCCUCCCUGGGGCCAGCUCUUGCCCCCAGCUUCCUGCUGUCCGGUUCUGGCUUCUGCGCCCCACAUAGAGCUCAGCCCAGCCUGUCCGCCCUCUCUAUGCCCAACCUCUUCGGCCAGAUGCCCAUGGGGGCCCACACCAGCCCCCUGCAGCCGCUGGGCCCCACGACAGUCGCCCCUUCGAGGAUCCGAACGUUGCCUCUGGUUCGCUCAAGUGCCAGGGCUGCUGAGGCCAAACAGGGGCUGUCCCUGAGGCCUGGAGACCCCCAACUCCUUCCUCCCAAAGCCCCCCAAGGCCUAGAGCCAGCACUGCAGCCCUCUGCUACUCAAGAGGCCAGAGACCCCUUUGAGGAUUUGCUACAGAAAACCAAGCAAGAUGUGAGCCCGGCCCCAGCCCCGGGCUCGGUGGAGCAGCUCAGGAAGCAGUGGGAGACCUUCGAGUGAGCCAGGCUCUGAGGGCCGGGGCGGCCGAGGCCUGGCUCCCCGGCACGUGCUGCACACGCCACGGCUCCCAGGCGGCCGGCCCUGCUCUGUUUCUGCCCAGGCUCUGCUGGUGGGAAGGGGCGGGACCCUCCCUUGCCGUCCCUCCUUCCCUCCACACUGCCCAUCUCUGAGGUCCGGCCACUGGAGAAGGGCACCAGUUCUGGUCUGGGAAUCGACUCAGCUCCUGGGCGCCCAUCCCACCCACCACCACCCUCCCCAGCUGUUCUGUGGGGUUUUGCACUAAAGAGGUAGGUCAGCUGGGCCAGUGACCGUCCCCAACCAGUCCUACCUGCCUUCCCUCUGGAAGCCUCCUCAAGGCCUCUCCUCCCGAGCCCUGUUCUCCUGUGUGUGGCCCGGCCCUGGACACCCCACCUCGAUGGGCACAGGUGUCAGUGGUACCCUCAGUGUGAGCACGAGACACACAUCAUUUAGAGUUUGAAGUUAGGAACCUCCUCCCAGGCCGGAGGAUCAACCUGGCGGGGCAUGUCCCACCCUUUCUAGCAAUACGCACUCUUGUUCUUGUGAGUCUCCACCCCAACCCCAAACUUCAACUGUUUCUGGUUUGGUGGGGAUUUGGGGACUCAGGGGUCCUUGAGAUCCCUCCCUCGUGAGAGCCAAACCCAGCCCCGGCCAGCCCUGCGUGGCGGCUGGAGCACCAGCAACUCUGAUUUGUGGAAGGAAAAAUAGCAACAGGUAAAUCUGAGGGUGUCGGAAGCUGGAGUCUUGCUGUCCAGUCCUCUCCCUUGAUCCUGGUCUUUCGUGUUUUUUCAGAUGGGACCUCAGUCUCACGUCGUGUGGGACUGCUGGGGCAGAGCCGAGCAGCAGGCACCCCGGUUCCAACGGGAAGGGCCAGGCUUCAUGCCACAGGCUGACGCGGUCCCAGCCACUCGGGCUACCGGGGUCAGGAAGAAGCAGGGCACUGAGCCCCUUCUCCAGGCCCCGGGUGAGUGGACAAGCUUGGCUUCUUGCAGCCUGGAGGCAAAGGCCUGCGAGGAGCCACCCCGUCCCUGCCUGCCUCUCAUGAUCUCCCCAGCAAAGAAAUUCCUGAGGCAAAUGUCACCAAAGCUAAAUUGAAAUGUUAUUGUUUCUUUUAUCUUUCUUUUCCUCUUUAUUGAUUUGAUGAAUCUUAAAAUUGACUAGUUUCAAUAAACCGAGUUGAAAUAUGGCCCAACCAUUUAAGAAAACAACCAUCUGAGACAUGCAGGAAAUUGUGAGCAUUUUGACCUGAUUUCUCAUUUCCUAUUUGUGAAUGGUCAGACACAGUCUCAGCGGUGUCUGGUGGGACAAGGGGGUCCCUGGAGGUCCCAGAACCCCAGGGAGCCUUGGCAGUAUCUGAGGAGCUGGGAGGCCACCCCCUCCCAUGGGUCAGUGAGGCCUGGAGGGGUGGGCCCGGGGGUUCGAGGUUCGCUCUGACAUGGGGUGUAAAGAGCUGCUGACCCAGCACACAGCCUCUUCCUGAGUCUGUUAUGGCCCCUCAGGCAAGUCUCUCUAAAGCUCAGGAGUGUUCUCUAGCUCACUUCCUGGGGAGAGGGGCUAGGAAGGUGUGUCAUCACUGGGCCAUGUGGGUACCUCCGGGGCACUCGGGCGUUUCCAUACAGAUUCCAGUCCUCCCCAUUCCGACACACCCCUGAACCCCGUGGGGGAUGGGGCAGCCCAGCUGGUGGGCAGGUUAUGUGUCAGGGGGUCCUGGGUGGCUGCAGGGACAUGGGGCCCACCCCAUGGCCCCCCUGGCUGGGCCGGGGCGGCGCUCCUUGCUCACAUGAGCGCUGUUCUCUCUUCACUUGCGGGAAUGAAUCUGCAAACCCAAGGAUGCAUUUUGUGUGUGCGUUCAAUAAAAUCUUCUUGGGGAGAA